AUGAGGUACCACGCAGAUAAGCCCGCCUUCGUCGCCUCUACCUCUCAAUAUGCGCCUUAUAGCUCUGCCAUGAGUUCUGCGGCCUCUGUCUCUACAACAUCUGUAUGGUCCGACGCCGCCUCCCAAUCAUCCGACGACACCUCCAUCUCGGCCAGUACCUCUGAUUCCGACUCGGCCGACGCCUUCUGUCGCUCCAAACACGCCGCUACACCUGCUCAAACUUUUGCUAGUCACCGCAGCUCAUCCCACCAGCCUGAUGUCGAGGCUGUGCCACCCGAGUUGCGACAGAAUCCUAGACGCACCACCUCUGCAUGCCGCACGGGCCGAGGAGGCUGCCCCCCUGCUCUAGUGCGGCAGUCGGACCGCAAGGUCAAUUUUGUCGACAACCUAGUCGAUUCUUCCACCCAGAUCGUAGAAGCGAUCUGGCCCCUGUCCUCGGUCGUAUGCCGUAGCGAACUCGGCAGCAAAGUCGUCUUGCCUCUGCGCACUUUCAUCCAAGAAACUCUGCGGCGCUCACGUACCAGCUACUCCACACUACAAGUGGCCCUGUAUUAUCUUAUUCUUAUCAAGCCGCACGUUCCAAAGCACAACUUUACUACCGAACAGCCCGUCGAUAGACACGCGGAUCGGGCUCUCCAGUGUGGUCGUCGCAUGUUUCUCGCAGCUCUUAUACUUGCCUCGAAGUAUCUCCAGGACCGCAACUACUCGGCUCGUGCCUGGAGCAAGAUUUCUGGGCUCAACACUCUGGAAAUUAAUCAGAACGAGAUCGCCUUCCUCGUGGCCGUCAAAUGGAGGUUGCACAUCACGGAUGAGGUUUUUCGGCGCUGGACUGAGAUUGUCCUGAAGUACACGCCACCUCCUUCACCCCCCUCGCCUGGCGCCGUCUCUCAUGCGUACGCUCGGCAGUCUGCCGACUGGAAGCAGCUCAUUUUGAAGCUUGAGCCCGAACUCGCGAACAUCGACGGGCUCGUUUCCACCACAUCCGCCAGCGCCACGGCUGGUGACUUGUGUACGCUCUCCCCCCGAAGCAUUCUCAACCACCCCCAGGAAACCCGCAGCAGCCCAGCCGUUGUUCUCGACAACUUGAAUACAAGCUCGACCCCGACUACAAAGUUGCCCAUUGUGCCGGCCGUUAUGGAGUCCUCAUCCAGCUGUGUCUUUACUCCUGGCCGACUGGCUCCAGCCCUGACUCUCUUGCCCACUCCACGCCUUACACCGCAGAUCAGCGGAUUCUGCACUCCUGCAGUGAGUGCCGCAUCCCAUCUUCUGGGCAAAAGCAACGCAAUGGGUCUUGCCAUGGCCCACGUCAGCACGUUCAACACCACACAUACAACUCUGGAUCGCUUCUCCUGCUCUGUCACCUCUUCGCCUCAAGGAUACUGUCCCGCCCGUCGGUCCUCUCUCGCCAACUCGGUGUCCACCGCCUCGUCCCCCGACUCCAUGGUAUCGGAUUCAUCAGGGUCUUCUCGCUCGUCGUCCGUCUCCUCCGCUUCCAGCCUUGCUAGCGCGACCCUCUACAACAGCAUUAGCCGUUGCAGUGUGCCGUCGCGAUUCCGGUGUGCGAAGCUCUGGAAUGACCGGGUGAGCUUGAGACCUUCUUUCCCCUCUGUUCCCGAGGAUUACGAUGAACACUGCCUGGCAGCCUCACCUGAGUCGUGCACCGACCCAGAGACGGCCAAACUCGGUGAUUUAUGUCUCGACACUCCCCUGGCGAGACGUGAGCGAGGGCUCGGCGAAAUGGCCCGUGAUCCUGCAUCGGAUGCCGCAAGGGCUUUACAGGAUCUUCACAAUCACAACGUGUCUGCGGACGCUACGCCCACAGCCAUAGCUGGUUCCAAGCGAAAUCGCGCACCUUCCAUUGAAGAUGCUCUGCAGGAGAACGUCCGCGAUAUCCUUAGACGCCAGUAUGAGUCCCCUGACCCGUGGACCCCCCAUUGUGUGAACUCCCGUGCAGUUGCUUCGGAGUCUCGCCUACAAGUUCCCGUCCAUCCCAACUUCGGCCGUGACACAAAGCGAGUGUGCUGCUCUGCAGAAGCUGCCACUGGCUAUCAGAAUGCUAGCAUUCACCCUGCUAUCAGCCUACGACGACCUGGCAUAUGGGACGGUAUCCUUAACUGA